AUGUCGGAGCUCUCUCUCGCGCGCGCCCUCAGGCUCCAGUAUUUACCUUCCGGGGCGGCGGGGCUUCAGUUCCGGGGCGGGGUGUCCGCUCUGUGUGUCUCCGGCCCCGCUUCCCUCUGUGGAGCUGUCUCAGCGGGAGCAGGGGGGCUAGCUGCAGUACCGGGGAGGGACCGGACUCAGGGCAUCAUGAGCGGAUCACAGAACAAUGACAAAAGACAGUUUCUUCUAGAGCGGCUACUGGAUGCAGUUAAACAGUGUCAAAUCCGGUUUGGAGGAAGAAAAGAAAUUGCUUCAGAUUCUGAUAGCAGAGUGACUUGCCUGUGUGCUCAGUUUGAAGCUGUACUACAGCACGGUUUGAAGAGGAGCCGAGGAUUAGCAUUAACAGCAGCAGCAAUCAAACAGGCAGCAGGUUUCUCCAGCAGAACAGAAACAGAGCCAGUGUUUUGGUACUACGUAAGAGAAGUUCUGAAUAAACAUGAACUACAGCGCUUCUACUCUCUGAGGACUAUUACUACAGAUAUUGGCAGAGGCCGUGCCUGGCUACGCUGUGCAUUAAAUGAACAUUCUCUGGAAAGAUAUGUCCAUAUGCUGCUUGCAGAUAAAAAUCGACUUAGUGUCUUCUAUGAAGACUGGUCUUUUAUGAUGGAUGAAGAACGUUCUAGUAUGAUACCUACGAUGGCAGCUGGUCUGAACUCCAUUCUUUUUGCAAUCAACAUCGACAACAAGGACUUAAAUGGGCAGAGCAAAUGCACUCCUACCGUCUCUGAUCUCUUAAAAGAAUCCACGCAAAAUGUAACCUCAUUGUUGAAGGAAUCCACCCAAGGUGUUAGCAGCCUUCUAAGAGAGAUAACAGCAUCCUCUGCUGUUUCCAUUUUAAUCAAACCCGAUCAAGACACUGACCCACUUCCAGUUCUAUCAAAGAAUGUUAGUGCUGAUUUAAAAUGUAGAAAAGAUCGAAAGAAGAAGAAAAGGGUGACACACAUCAUCUCAUUUGAUGAGGAGGAAGAUGAACAAAAUUUAGGAGAUACUUUAAAGACAGCAGUUGCAGGAGAAAGCUCAGAAGAGAACUCAGACAAGUCUUCAGCUUUUGUGUUCCCUUCCUCUGAAGGAUCUCUUGUACAAAAUUUAAAUGGAAAUCAGAAUACCCAUUUGUGGAAAAGCGAUUCCAUGUUUUUGAAUGGAGAGUGUACUUACCAGAAGCUUGAUGUGAAGAGUAUUGAUGAUGAAGAUGUGGAUGAAAAUGAGGAAGAGAUAUAUGGAAAGGUACUGGGAAACAAAGGCAUGGAAGAUGAAACAAAAGUUUCAGAAAAGCCAUAUGAUGGGGACACAUGCAAUUCACAGAUAUGCACUUGGACUCCCCUGCAGAUCCUGAAUGAUAAUUCAGGUAUUCUGUUUCCUGUCAGUGCUGUUGGUUCUUACUCCCAGAUUGGUAACCUGGAGAAUGGAGAUGGGCAUGAAAGUGCUGUUCUUGCAGUAGAACUGGCUCAGAGAGGAUCUGAACUUCCUUAUAGAGUGGAUGUCAGUCCUCCUGUUCAAGUGAAUGCUUUAAGCAAUAUGUUGCCUUCAACCACUGUGCCAGAAUCAAUGACAAUUAAUGAACUUCGGCAAGCUAUUGUGGCCAUGAUGAACAGAAAGGAUGAGCUCGAAGAACAGAACAGAUCUCUGCGAAACCUGCUCGAUGGAGAGAUGGAACAUUCUGCACUACUCAGGCAAGAAAUUGAAAACUUGAGAAGGAAAGUAGCAGAGCAUGAGGAGCGACAUGCAGCAAAGAUCCAGGCCUUGGCAAGGGAGAAUGAAGUGCUGAAAGUACAACUCAAGAAGUAUGUAGGAGCUGUCCAGAUGCUGAAAAGAGAAGGUCAAACAGCAGAAGUUCUGCCAAACCUUUGGAAUAUUGAUGGGGAAUUUACCAUACCUGAGCAAAAGCAAGUAGAAAACAACGAGGAACUAGCAAACUCCUAUGAAAGAAAACUGAUUGAGGUGGCAGAAAUGCAUGGGGAGCUUAUAGAAUUCAAUGAGCGACUACACCGUGCUUUGAUGGCUAAAGAAGCUCUUAUAUCCCAAAUGAGGCAGGAACUCAUUGAUUUGAGAGGGCCAGUCCCUGGGGAUUUGAGUCAGACAUCUGAAGACCAGAGUUUGUCAGAUUUUGAAAUAUCAAAUCGUGCCCUUAUUAAUGUUUGGAUUCCCUCAGUCUUUCUACGAGGAAAAGCUGCUAAUGCAUUCCAUGUUUACCAGGUAUAUAUCAGAAUAAAAGAUGAUGAAUGGAAUGUUUAUCGAAGAUAUGCAGAAUUCAGAAGCUUGCAUCACAAGCUACAGAAUAAAUACCACCAAGUAAGGACCCUUAACUUCCCACCCAAAAAAGCCAUUGGAAACAAGGAUGCAAAGUUUGUAGAGGAACGACGCAAACAACUACAAAAUUACUUACGGAAUGUUAUGAACAAAAUUAUUCAAACUGUGCCAGAAUUCACAGUUAGCCCCAAAAAAGAGACUCUUAUUCAACUGAUGCCCUUUUUUGUUGAUAUCCAACCUGUGGGAGAACCAGUAAGCAAAAGCAAUCGCUCAAGAGUGGCUACCCGCUUUCCAAAGCUAUCUCGACACCAUCAAAGGGAGCCACGGAACCUGGAGCCUCAAAGUGGUGAUCUCUGA